GGCGUCCGAAAGAGAUUGUUGUUGACAGUUUGCUAAAUAGAAGGCCUUGAAGUAUAAAGUUAUAAGUUACAGUUUGACUUUACUUGGUCAAGUUUGAAGAAUGAUAUAUUGUGCAUGAUAAAUAAUAUAAGCAUGCAAGAUGACUUUUGUGGUGAUAGAAAAUUUAAAGGGAUUUUCCCAGUCUCGUCCACCUAUUGUUGUAUUUAUGGUUUGUUUAGGAGCAUUUGCUGUUGCUCUAAUAACAUUUGCCUAUAUUGUUAAAGUUCGUGAUAUGCCUAACCCUGAUAUGACAGAGGAUUGGAAUAGUUUUCUACAAAGUUUUUCUGAUGUAGAGUUCUGUGUAUUGAGUAAUUCUAGUGAUUUUGUCACAGAAUCAACCAGUUCAGCUACUGGUACUAGCUCUCUACCCACUAAAAAGAUGAGUGAGGUCCUGAAAGAUAUAGAAACAACAACUUUUAAACCUAUAACUAAAGAAAAUGAGGGAGUUGUAAACAUAUCUUUAUCGAUGUUAGUUGAAAUGACUCCAACUGUAGAUUUUGUAAGCAUUCCACAUAAUAUAACCUAUUUAUCUACAACAUUAAGUGGUAGACAACUUGGUUUAAAUGGUCAUGUAGCAGAUCAAGUUAUGAAUGUUACUUUCACUUUACCAUUUGAAUGGAAUACUACUAAAUGUACUGGUGAAGACUGUAUAACAAUUCCAAUAUAUACUUGUAUCAGUUUCCAAGCUCCAGAAUCUUUUUUUCCUAAAACAAGCCAACCAGACAGAUGUGUAUCGAGUGCAGAAGGUGGUAUAGAAUAUAGAGUUAAAAUGGUUGGUCAUAAAACAAGACAGAAUGUAAUGAGAUGUGAAAAACGUCCUGUUAUUCAAGUUAGAUAUCAACUAGAUCCAUCCCUCACAGUUAUGUUGUCAUUGAAUGACCGUUCUUUGAUUAACUUACAUUUGAUGCACACCAGUUACUUUCUCUUUGUAAUGGUUAUUACUAUGUUCUGUUAUGCAUUAGUUCGGGGCCGUCCAUCAAAAGGCAAAGUUGUUCAUUACAUAGAAAAGGUUCCAACCUCAUCUGCCUAACUUCUGUUCAUCAUCUCUACUGCCUGUGAUAACUUACUUUCAGAAUAUUUUGUGAUCUAAAGGGAAAAGAAUAUUUUUGUUAUGUUGUUUCCAGGUGGAUAUGAAUCUUUUCUACCAGAACAAGUAUUUCUCUUGUGUUAUUCUGUGAUAGCAAGGUAACAUUGGGUUAUGCAGUUUUUAAGUCUAUAGUUAUCAUAUUUCUAUCACAGAAGAGGUUUUUUGGGAAAGUGUGAAAGAAGAUUUUAUGUAUUUAUGGGCUUGUAAGUUGAAUUACAUAAUUGUGUUUCUUGAAAGUCAGUGACACCUCAAGAUAUUGAGGAAGUUUAUCUAAUUUGAUAAGACCUAAUUGCACUUUUCAUCUCUUUGCAAAAUGAAAUUUGUGAGUUGUGAUCCGAUUUAUAUAUUAUAUUGAACAUUUCACAAAAUGACAAUGAUGGAACAUCAAAGAUAAGAUAAUUAGAACACCUUGGGGCCACUUAAUUGGUGACUUCUGCACAUUCAGGAUUCGUAGAAUGGAACAGACAUAAUAAAAAAAAGUUGGAACAGAGCUCAGAAGGCGUUCAACCUGUUUUGAAAAAAUAGUAAGUUGAGACAGAAUUCAAAAUGGAGGAGAAUGAAAUAGAUGGACAAAUUUUAAAUGUGACAUAUCUUGCUUUCAUAUUGUCCGACUGAGGCCAGAAUUUGAACAGAGAGGUCAGAAUUGGAACAGAGAGGCCAGAAUUGGAACAGAGAGGUCAGAAUUGGAACAGAUGGAACAUGUUCAGAACUCUCCAAUCGAGUGCCACCAAGGGGAUGGAACUAACACCUUGAUCAACAAAUCAGAAUUUCAUUACAUUCCACCUAGUAACUUAUCAUGUCCUUACAUAUUAUUUAUGUCACAUAUAUCAUAUUUAUAGUGUUUCUUAUAUUACCUUACAUUUUUUGUAGCAUAUUAAUUCAUGUACAGUAUUGGUUGCAAUUGCCUAUACAAUGACAAUUGCUAGUAUUGCAGAUAUAUCAUUGUAUUGUUUCCUGUUUCUUUAUUUUGUGUGAGAAGUAUCAAGUAUGUCUAUUGGAUAUAUUGAAAUUGAUAUGCUGUAAUAUAGUUUUUGUGGGGUUUUUUGUUGAGAAAUUGUUAUUUCAAAAUUUCGUCUGUUUAAUUUGGCUCUCAUAUUCAAGUUUUAAAAACAUUUAUAGACAUGAUAGUUGAAGAUCAUAAUAUUACUUUCCUGAAAGGUAUACUACUUUUUAGGAUGACCCAAACAUUUUUAAACUUGGUUAAAAUGAGUCUUUGUUCAUCAGUGGACUUAUCUGGUGUCAUAACUAUAAUACAACAGAAUCCCUUUAUAAUCCAAUAAAUCCAUUAAACUGUAAUUUUGAAACAUGCUUAGAAGUGUGUUUCAAUAAUUAUUUAGUUUAAUUGAUAUAGAGAUUCUUUUUUUUAGUCAUGGCACCUGGUAAGUCCAACUGAUGAAAAUAUACAUUUGUUGACCAAGUUUAAGAAUUAAAGUUUUAUGUCCAUUCCGAGAGGUAGUAUCCUUUUAAAGUGCAAUAGAUGUGGGAGUUUUAUAAUUCCAAAACUGUUUAUUGAGUGCUUAUAUGCCUAUAAAGACUCUCCUUUUAAAAAAAAUUGCUGUCCAUGUCUACAACAUGAGAGGAGCUCUGAUCAUGUAGACAUAAAAGGAAAUUCUAAGAACUAAAACCGGGAAAUCAUUUUCAAGUUGCAAAAAAAAAAACCUUGU